AUGACAGGCCUCUACCUGGUACCUCCCUUCGCGGCGCACUCGAUAGAAGCACUCCCAGUGGAUGGGCAUCCCGACCGCAGGCAGGUCGACCUGCAGGUCCGAUUCUACGACGCACAACUACACCACGAACACAAGCAUCUGGUCCACCAGGGACCGCUACUCGCACCGGAACCGUUCCUGGAGCAGGGGGAGCAACGCGUGCACCACCACCUGGUCGUCUUCUCCAACGCACUGGAGCUCCUCGUCAAGGCCAACAAUCUCCAGUCCGACGACCGGCUGGAGGGCGGGGCCAACAACCACAGCAGACACAGAUCUGCACCCGCUGGCAAACGCACCGACCGCCGUGUCCGCCGCCUCGUUGAGAAGACCAAGACCUCGCUCGCCGAGGAAGAAGACGCGGCUGCCUUCGCCGCUGAAGACCUUCCCAGUCGCGUCGAGAACUACAUCAACACAAUUGUCGACCCUCCCGCGAACCCGACGACGGAACUGCCUCAUUUACCUGGAGAAGAACUCUCCGUGACGGAACUGCGUAAGGACUGGCCAAACACGCCACUCACCAACUCGGGCCUAGUGGAAAGCGUGCAACAAAGGAUCGAGUGGCUCGCGCAUCGGAUUCCGCACGGCUACCAGACACCAGGCCAGCUGGCGGAGUGGUACACCAAGGGCUACUUCACCCGCUUCGAGUCCGAGGCGGAGAAGGAGGAGGUCUUGAAGCUCGCGCAGGAAGUGGCCAAGCUGGAGGCCGACAAAGAGACCGAGAAGACAAACGUCGAGGUCCAGCCCAAGGAUGUGAGUUUUGAGGACGUGGUUGCCCGCGCCGCCGAGCGCAAGGGCCUCGCCGACACCUACGCGCGUGGCGUGUAUCCCCAAGUCAAAAAGCAGAAGAUGCCGUUCUUGGACCAGAUUGUGCGCAACCUCAACAAUAACGCGACGUUCCCCCAUGGAAAGACGGAGCAAUUCAUGCAGACGGUCCAGAAGGUCAUCGUGUCGCGUGCGCAAGAGGGCGGGCGGAAUCAGAAGAGAGCCGAAAAGUAG